CCCGAACAUUUGUAUUUAUUUUUAGCAUGUAUUAAUAAAAAUUUUCUUGGCAUUUUCCGAGACCGCGCGGUCCCGGAAAUCUGGUGACUUUAUAACCUAUUUCUCAAUGACACAGUUUCUAUAUAAUUAUAUAUACUAACUAUUUUUUGAAUAUUUCACUUCUUAUAUAAAAUUUAUCAAUAAUGUCAUCCGAGCUUGAAGUAUUGAAACAGCGUAUCUUUGAACUUGAGGCUAAGAAUGCCGAGCUUGAAGCCGAAAAAGCUGAACUUUUAAAGCGGAUUAUGGAGGAGAAUACUAGACGUGAUGUUAGAGUUGAGGAACUGGAGCAAAAAAAUAAGGAGCUUGAGACCAGACUUGCGAUAACAUUGGAUCAAUAUCCAAAUUUAUAUAGAGAAUUUAGUAGUGAAAAUUUCGAUUAUUAUGGUAUUACCGAUGAGAAAUUAUGUCCAUUAUGCAAGUUAGAGCAUGGUGAUGAGGAAAGCAUAGAAGGUACAUAUAAAGCUGGAUCUUAUUUUAUUAAAUGUGAACAGCGCGAAAUUGAGAUGGUUGCAUAGUC